CAGCUCAAGAGUUUGCCCGUGUUUUUUUUAACGUGACGUCAUUCCGGUUUCUUCAAAUGACAAUUAACGAAAACUGAAAACAAAAAUGUCGAGUUACAAAUUUUCCAGCAAGAAACCGUCCGUCAAGGAAUUGUUGGAAGGAGCGACGUUCCGCAAAACAUUUACUCCGAAACAACCAGCCCCUCCACCGCCACUGCCACCAUCCGUGCAUCCAUCGGCCAGUCGCGAAGUGCAUAAUGAUAAAAAGAUUUUCAAUCGACUGUGCGAUUUGUUUGGCAAGGACGUUUCGUCGAUGAAUCAAGUGAACGAAUUCCAAGCUGAUCCGCCUGCCAAAGCGGCUGCAGACGUCUUGGGUUAUUCGUACCAAACUGCGGCGCCAGUGUCAUCGCCAGUGGCAGAUGUUCACAAUAGUAAGAUGAAGGCAAUAGCAGAAGAGGAAGACGAACAGGCCGAGAUGAAAGACCGAUUAAUGAAGGAAAUAAAGCAAAAGAUCUCGGAGCGACGCCGCAGGAUUUUGCAGCAACGCAGAGAUUUGUUUAACGAUUCGACCGUCUCCACUUCGUCGGCCGAUAUCGUAGAAGACGAACAAGAAGACGAUCAAACGAAAGGUGAUGAUCGAGAUUUAUGGAAAGCUGUUCCAGCGCUAGCCGAUCCAGAUGCGGACAGCAGUUUCGAAGAGGACGAGAGAGGUCGCUGGGAUCCGGAUGCUGCAUUUUCCGAGGUGGAAAGAAUCUUGGAAAGUCUGGAAAGCAAUGCGGCCCUUAACGAGGAAUUGGUGGGCCGUUUCCGUCUGACCGAUCAUCAUCACCUUGAACAAGGUGGUGCCGAUGUGAUGGGUGGCAGUGCUAGCACUGGCGACGAGGAUAAACACAGCGACGAUUCGGGCAUGUCCUCGUCGGCCGACACGAGCAAUUCCUCCACGGUUUCUUCUUCUUCCUCUUGUUCUACCGGCAACAAUCGGCAGGAAGUCUCCGUCGUUGUCAAACCCGUGCGAAAGAGCAAGCAGCAGGUGGCUGCCGCCAGUGGUAUCGCAACCCUCGUCGUUAAUGACGAUGACCAAGUAUCGUCUAAUGAAUACGACGAUGAAAUCCUACGCAAUCGCCAAAUAUUAAACAAUUCCCUCCACAUUUACAGCGUCGCUCACGAUAGUCCAGUCAUCAUCGAUUCCAUCGACCAAGAUGUUUUGCAUUCAUCUCGGGGAUCCGAGCAUCGCAUCCGUCUCGAAUUGUCUUCCGCCACGCCGACGCCGUCUUUAUCAUCGGUAACAACGUUUGGUGGUCCGGCUGAAGGACGCAGUCGACGGGCUGGAACUACAUUGACCAACAGCGCUGGGGAAAUAUUCGGCAGCUUGCGGUCCAAUUUGUCAGCGGGAGCGUACAGCACGGGGGAGGCCCUCAACCGAAUAGCCCAGCACGUCACGGACAAUAUCGUCAGGCCUAUUGCUGAAACCAUGGGUGAAGCUGGGGAUGGACUUGUCAGGGCCGCUGAGCCUCUCGUUCAGCACCUUCAGCUUCUAAGUACCCGCCUUCAAGUGCGCUACAGACACGCCGCACAGCACAAGCAAUGGCUGCCCCAGUUGAGAGAAACGGCCGAGUGGAUUGAAGACAUCCCCAAGAGUCAAAACGGCUUUGAGGAACUGCGUCUUCACGUCAAAGAGGGCGGCGACCUAUGCAAAGAACUGUCAUCCAUCCUACAAGAGAGGUCAGAGCUUGAGGCCAGUUACGCAAAAGGUUUGGCCAAAUUGGCAUCGAAAUUGCUGAAAACCACGGGCGAACUGCAGGGACCGCACGGGACCGUUACGGCCGGAUGGGCCGCUGUCGCCAUGGAGAUGGAAUCGGAAGCCGAGCUACACAAAUCUCUGUCAGUGGCGCUGUCGGAAGAAUUGGUGAAACCGUUGAAGGUGUCUGUCGAAUCGCAACACAGAGUGCGAAAGGCCGUCGAGUCUAGCGUUGACAAAACGGGUCGGAUGCUGGCCGAAUGGCGCAGCGCUCAGGCUAAAGCCAAGAAACACUGCUACCUGAGUGCCAGGGAUAACGAAAAAAUGCAAGACCAGGUGUUCAUCAACAAACCACGAGCCCUCACCGAUAAAGAGACGGCCAAGUUGGAAGCCAAGUGCAAAAAGACCCAGGAAGCCGUUAGAAAGGCUGAAGGCGAAUAUUACACAUGCUGCACCAAAGCGGAGCGAUCCCGCCUCGAAUGGGAAUCGACAACGCAAAGAGGCGGACGAUGUUUUCAUGCCUUGGAACAAGAAAGACUAGAACAACUGAAAGACUUGCUGUCCAAGUAUUAUAUUUGCUUCCGUGACUAUUGCCCGAAAAUGUGCCAGGCCGUCGACAGACUGGUCGAGCCGGUUUCGACGUGCAGCGUCGAUGCUGACCUGCAGAGCGUCUCCGCCCUGCGCGAUUCCGCCCCCACCUUUGCCGAACAACUCCUUCCGGAUUUCUAUGCCGAACACAUGUCAAACGUCAUGAACAGAGAACGGCGCAAAGAAAGUCUGGAACGCUGUCUCCACUGGGUCCGUUCCGACCUGGAACGGGAAUCACGUGGAAGACGAGGAGUUGAGAACCUCGCCAAGGCGUUGCAAGAGUCACCUCACUUUGGCGGCGAGGAAUCGCAACUAGAAGUGCACGAAAAAUUACUCCAUUUACGCAGCAUGUUGGCAUUCCUAGAGAUGACGCGUGUUAAAUUGCAUAAUAGCGCCUACGAACUUGAGCCAGUUCGAUACCGCAAAGUAGAUCAUCCCCUCUUCAAAUAUCUUUCAGUGCAUAAAGAUAAGCAAGGCAUGAUGCAGAGCGUUUUAAAAUUACCGCAUUGGAUCGACAAUGAAGAUAUUGAGAUCGAACUCAUUGAAGACGGCCGGGGAACAGGUGACGGCAAUUCUGGGCAAAUCGACAGCGACUUUGACGAGUUCAGCAGUCAAGGCAGUGAUGGCGAAACCUCGUCUCACACCGUCAUCCAACGCAAUGGAGCGUCCAGCAAUGGUAGUAGUUCAACCUCUUCAUCGUCCACGACGACAACGACAAAUAAUGCGGCAGUUAUGGUGCCUUCAGUGGGCAAAUGUCGAGCAUUGUAUAGUUACGCGGCCAAUAUGUACGACGAACUGAGCAUCCAGCCGGGGGAUGUCAUUAAUAUUCACGAUAAACAGGCAGAUGGUUGGUGGCUGGGCGAAUUGGGUGGAACUGUAGGUAUUUUCCCUGCAACCUACGUGGAAGAAGUUUGAAAAUAAUGCACGAUGCUUCAUUUUUUUUUUUUUAUUUAAUUAUGUCUUUCUUGAUUUCUCUUCCUUUUUUUCUAUCUAAAUCUAAUCCGACCUUUAAUUUUUUAAAAAUUCCUUGUCGUGACGAAUCGCUACCAAAAUAACUGCUAAAUUUUUGUUGUUUUCCUGUCUAAUGUGAAGAAAUAAUGAAUUUAUUACACACGUUUCAUACAUUA